AUGUCCGCCGCCGUCGCUCCUUUUCCCCCCUUUCAUGAAGGGAAUAUAAAGAACUGGUUCUUACAAAUGGAAGCCAUUUUCACAGUCAGAAGGAUUACAGACCAAAAGACCAAGUUUGGCCACGUGGUGGCGGUUUUGCCACCCGCCAUUGUCGAUGAGGUCUCAGACUUCCUAGAAGCCGUUCCUGAAGUAGAACCCUACGCUCGGACUCCCUCCCAACUUCUUCGUUAUAUGAAAAGCCGACUCAGCAAAAAUACCAUGGCUGACUCUAUAUUAAAAAGCUUGUGGCUGGACCGUCUCCCCACCACCAUAACCCAAAUUUUGGCGCCAAUGUCCGAAAACACCUCGAUCGAUCAAUUAGCGGACGCCGCGGAUCGUAUUUUCUCGCAACUGGAUAAUCAGACAACGCCGGUACACAGUGCUGAAGCGACUGGAGACCACAGGUCCUUGGAAAAAACAGUCGAGGAACUGCAGCGCCAAGUUAAGGAUUUAACAUUAGCUCUAAAGAGCCGUGGUCGAAGCCGGUUCCCUUCCGCCGGCGCUUCAGAAGUCGACCACGCUCGUCCAGCCGAGAUAAGGAUGCCACUCCUACUAUGUGUUACUACCACCGAAGAUUUGGGUCUAAAGCUUAUUACUGCGUCAAGCCGUGUACUUAUACUGCGGUCGCGGAAAACAAAACCGCCAGCGACUGUGACCACACCACCAGUUUCUUCCUCUUUUAUUCAGGACUUACGCCUUAAAAUGGCAAACUUAUGCUAUACACCACCGUGGCACUGCCCGAGUGAUAUCUAUCUACCGCACCAGCUCAAGGACUGCGAAUUUGUAUUUGUACGUAAUGACUCUGUUAAGCGGCCUCUUACGCCGGCCUACACAGGCCCAUACCGCGUUCUUAAACGCGCAGACAAAUAUUUCCAAAUACAGAAAGGUAUUCACACCGACAACGUUUCAAUAGAUCGGUUGAAACCUGCCUUUAUAGAGAAACCGUCGUCUCAUACUACUUCCCAAUCAACUCCGCAAGUUCAGGAGAAUUUUAAGACACCUGUUUCUCUCGACAAACCUAAGUAUACCAGCUCCGGUCGAAAAGUCACCUUUCCAAAGAAAUUUGAAACAUUCUACUAUUAUUAG